AUGGACCCUGAAGCCCUUGGGAAGUGCUCGGCGCUGCACCCGAAGCCUGCGGGGCUGUCCCUGCAGUACGGCACCGCUGGGUUCCGCGCCAGGGCAGAGCUGCUCGAGCACAUCGUGUUCCGCAUGGGUUUGCUGGCAGCUCUCAGGUCCAGAGCUGUGGCAGCCACGAUUGGCAUCAUGGUCACAGCGUCCCACAACCCUGAGGAAGACAAUGGGGUAAAACUGGUUGAUCCUCUUGGAGAAAUGCUGCACCCUUCCUGGGAAGAAUAUGCCACACAACUAGCAAAUGCAGAGGAGCAUGAAAUACAGAAAGUGAUAACUGAGAUCUGCCAAAAAGCAGCAGUGGACAUGCACAAGGAUGCUUCAGUUUUCAUUGGUAGAGACACCAGGCCAAGCAGCGAGAAACUGUCACAGUCAGUAAUAGAUGGUGUCCUUGUUCUGGGUGGUCAGUACCAUGAUUAUGGCCUGGUGACAACACCACAGCUACAUUACAUGGUCUGCUGUCAAAACACCCAAGGGCAGUAUGGGAAAGCAACACUGGACGGUUAUUACGAGAAACUCUCCAAAGCUUUUACAGAACUGAUAAAACAGUCUCACAGCUCUGGAGAGAGUCAGAGGCACCUGAAGAUUGACUGUGCCAAUGGAAUAGGAGCACUGAAACUAUCAGAAAUGAAGCCCUACCUUACAAAAGAGGUGCUAAUUCAUAUAUAUAAUGAUGGAACCAAGGAGAAACUCAAUCACUUAUGUGGUGCAGAUUUUGUGAAAGUUCACCAGAAACCACCUAGAGGGCUAGACAUGAAGCCCAGUGAGAGAUGCUGCUCCUUUGAUGGUGAUGCAGAUAGAAUUGUUUAUUACUAUAAGGAUGCAACUGGCCAUUUUCACCUAAUUGAUGGAGAUAAAAUAGCAACUUUAAUUAGUAUCUUCCUUAAAGAACUUCUUGCCAAGGUGGGGCAGAACUACAAGAUGGCUGUGGUACAAACAGCAUAUGCCAAUGGGAGUUCGACACGCUACCUCGAGGAAACGCUGAAGGUACCUGUGCACUGUGUCAAAACAGGAGUGAAACACUUGCAUCACAAGGCUCAGGAGUUUGAUGUUGGUGUUUAUUUCGAGGCAAACGGACAUGGUACAGUAUUAUUUAGUAAAGCUGCUGAAACUGAAAUAAGACAAUUGGCGAAAGAGGAGAAAGAUGCUGAGAAAAGAGAAGCAGCAAAGGUGCUCGAAAACAUGAUUGACCUGAUUAAUCAGACUGUUGGUGAUGCCAUCUCAGACAUGCUGGUUAUUGAAGCAAUCCUGGCUUUGAAAGGUCUGACUGUGCAGGAGUGGGACACCAUCUACACUGACCUUCCCAAUCGGCUGCUCAAAGUUCAGGUGGCAGACAGGCGCGUCAUCGACACGACCGACGCCGAAAGGCGCGCGGUGGCACCGCUGGGGCUACAGGAGAAAAUCGAUGCCCUUGUGAAGAAGUACAGGUUGUCACGAGCCUUCGUCCGUCCCUCAGGAACAGAAGAUGUCGUUAGAAUAUAUGCUGAAGCAGACACACAGGAGAAUGCGGAUGCGCUCGCCCAUGAAGUGAGCCUUGCUGUUUAUCACCUUGCUGGUGGAAAAGGAGCACCACCCCAGCCCAUAUAA